AUGUCUCUUUCACAAUCAAAAUUGACCAAGCUUUGUGAUGAGUUUAAAGACAAUCCACGCUUCAGGGCAGAGAAAGCUAAAGGGCGAUUCCAUCUCACUAUAUCAAGCACACAGCCCUCAGAUACAACAACGUAUUACUCGCAGCAUGAUAUCCAUUGGUUCAGAAAUGUCUUAGGAGAAUCCUUUCCAAAAAUAAUUAACACCAAUGGAAGCAAGAGUGAUCAGUGUGAAAAGAGCUCUGUGGCUGGGAUUCCUACACAAAGCUGUGUCUAUAACCUCACCAAGAAGAACCUUAGCCAUUCUGAUUCUGGAACUUAUUACUGUGCUGUGGCUUCAUGUGGUGGAAUAUUGUUUGGAAAUGGGACACUGCUGGAAAUUACAGAAUCCACUAUCGCUACUACUUCUCCCUCUGUCUGUAUUCUGGAUCCCCUUGUUCUUGGCAUGCUGGUGUCUAUUGCUCUGUGUGUGAUAGUGAUCACUGUUCUUGUCUGUGGAAGAUGGAAGAGGAAAUGUGAACACUGUGCAGGUCUGGGAUUUUACAGCCUUAUCAUCAUUGCAACAACAUAUAAAAAUAAUUGUGUUGCUAGUUAUAUCCACAGAAAGGUUUCCUAA